AUGAGCUCAGAUAUGUCUAUGAAAGUUGUAUACAAUGGGGAAAUAACAAAGGAUAUAAUUAAAAAGAAAAACUUUGAAGAAAAUAAUUAUCAAGAUAAUACAAAGGAUAUAGGAGAAAAUGAUAGAUUUAUUUGUUAUGAACAAAAAAAACAAGAUGGAUCAACAGGAUUAUUAUCAGAAACAGAUAAUGAAUAUUAUAGUGCUAUAGAUGUAUCACCAUUUACAGCAAAGAAAGAUAAUAUUAUGAAGAAAAAAGCAAAAAAAUCAACAUCAUUAGAGUGGAAAAUACGAAAUGUUGCAGGAGGACAUUUUUCAGAUAUAACACCAAUUUUUACAAAAGACGAAAAACGAAUAUUAGUAGCACUUGGAUCAUUUGUUAAGGUUUAUGAUAUAAAAACAGGAGUUUGUAUACAAACAAUUGGCGAAUUAGAUCAAAAAAAUAAUAUUAAUUUACCUAAAAUUACAUCUAUGAUAUUAGAUCCUUCAAAUGAAUAUAGGAUUUAUGUUUCAUAUGAAGAAGGGAGUAUAAAAUUAUGGGAUUGGACAGAUAAUAGCAUGCUUAGAUCUAGACAAACUCGAAAAAAAAUACACACAAUUAUAACAUCACCAUUAGAUCCGUUAUCUAUUUAUGCAGUUCUUGAGAAUCCUUUGGAACCAUCUAAUUCAUAUAACUUUUCUAAUUCUACAAAGUCGUUAUCUAAAAAAAAUUAUGAAGUUUAUUGUUAUACUUUUCCUUCUGUUAACUCGAAUUCUACUAAAAUAAUUCGUUCUCAAAGAAUCAUAAAAUUCAAAGGAUAUGUUGGCAUAAGUAUUUCCUAUGAUGGGAAAAUAUUGGCAAUUGGUAAUACUCAUUCUAUUUAUGUUUGUAAAAAAACAAAUUCUGAAAAUAAACAAUCAUCAUGGGAAAUACGCAAAUUUAAUACUGAUACUGUAAUUAACAACCUAGUAAUUCAUGACAAUCAUGUUGCUAUUGGCGAUCAUGAGGGAAAAUUGCUUAUAUACUAUAAUAUUUUGAAAUUUGAAGAACCAAUUAUUAGAACAUUUCAUUGGCAUCCACAACCUUUCUCUGCUCUUAAUUGGGUGUUAGAAGGAUCAUAUAUUUUAACUGGUGGAAAAGAAUCAGUUCUUGUUUUUUGGCAAGUAAAGACAGGAAAUAAACAGUUUCUUCCAAGGUUAGGGUCUCCCAUUAAAAAAAUAGGAGUAAGUCGAACAAAUUCUUUCUAUGCAAUAUUGUUAGAAAACAAUUCUAUUAAAAUUAUCAAUGCAAUAGAUUUAAAAGCAAAUACUGAAAUAUCAGGUGUUCAGAUUGGAAAGGAAAUUCCUCAACGACUUCCUUCUAUUGUGCAUCCUAUCACCAAAAAUAUCAUAUUUGCUUGCCAAACUUUAUUUUCAUCAACUUUUUUGCAGUCUUAUGACAUUGUAGGAGAUCACCAAGUAUAUAAAACAGAAAUUAUACGUAUGUUUCACCUUGAGACAUUAGAAAAAAAUGGUUUAGUAAUAACUAAACCCAGAAUAACACAUGUAUCAUUAUUAAUGGAUGGUCUUUGGAUGGCAACUAUUGAUGAAUGGGAAUCGUUGAAUGAAGACUAUGAUUUAUAUGAAGAAAACAGAGAAAUUUAUCUUAAAUUUUGGAAAUGGGACUCAACAAACAAAAAAUGGGAUCUUAACACACGAAUAGAUUCUCCUCAUGGGCUUGGGAAAAAAGUAAAUGGAUUGCACACAUCUCCAAAUAAAAAGAAAUUCUCUACUAUUGGCAAUGAUGGAUCACUAAAAAUAUGGGAAUUAAAGGUAAAAAAUAAAAAUGCAACAAUUAAAACAGAAAUUUGGAUUUGUCGCAAAGUUAUUCGGUAUAUUAGAAAUUCACAUGAUUCAUCCAAACAUAAUGAAAUAUUUUGUAUGACAUGGACAUUAGAUGGAAGUAUGAUUGUUGUUGGGUGUCGUAAUAUUUUAUUAAUUGUGAAUGAACAACUUGGAACAAUAUGUCAUACAGUGAACAAUCUUUAUAGGGGAAAAAUCGUAUUUCUUCAAGCGCUAGGAGCUUUUAUCAUUAUUGUUACUAAAAAAAAUAUUUUAGUGUGGGAUAUUUUAAGGGCUACUACUAAAUGGUGUUUAGAAAUACCAAAAAUUUAUCAAUCAUUAAAGGAUUUUUGUCUUGCUGCUGAUCAUUCAAAUGAACUUUUUGCUAUUUCAUUCAAUGAUCCUAAGAGACAUAAUUCAAAGCUUUAUAUCUUUAAAAUAACAUCGCCUAUACCAAUUUUUCUACAACAACAUCCACACAGAAUUAUUGCACUAAAUCAUAUUUCAUUAAAUUCAUCAUUUUCUUCUUUUAUAUUUCUAGAUCUUUCUGGGCAAUUUUUUAUUUUAGCAACUGAUGAUACGGCUUUUAUUGAAAAAAAUGGUUCGAAACCAAUUCAAGAAAAUGAAUUUAUUCUUUCAAAUGUCUACGGGGCUGCCUUUAACAAGAAAAUUAAGCCAUUACCAGAAGAUGAUAUGCAAUCCAAAAUUGUAUCCAGAGAAGCAUUGAGCUUUAUUUUUGAUAAACCAGCCUAUACAAUGCCUUCAUUAACAACUUUAUUAGAAGAAACUAUGAAAUGGAUAGGAGAACCGCCAUUGAAGCCAUUUUCAAAGACAUUCUAUUCUGAAAUCCAAAAAAAAGAAUGA